AUGAAGGCAGAAGCAGCAGAUCUGCCUUCGCAGCAGUGCCCUAUGUGGUCCUCUGUGAGAGCCCAGUUACGCUGUAGCGACUGCUUCGUGUGGAACCGGCAGCAGACGUGGCUGUGCGUGGUGCCUCUGCUCAUCGGCUUCAUCGGCCUCGGGCUCAGCCUGAUGCUCCUCAAAUGGAUCGUGGUGGGCUCCGUCAAGGAAUACGUGCCCACCGACCUGGUGGACUCCAAGGGGAUGGGCCAGGACCCCUUCUUCCUCUCCAAGCCCAGCUCCUUCCCCAAGGCCAUGGAGACCACCACCACGACCACUUCCACCGCGGCCCCCGCGACCCCCGCCUCCGGCGGCGCCGCCUCUUCCAGGACGCCCAACCGGAUUAGCACCCGCCUGACCACCAUCACGCGGGCGCCCACUCGCUUCCCUGGGCACCGGGUGCCCAUUCGUGCCAGCCCGCGCUCCACCACGGCACGGAGCACGGCGGCCCCCUCGACGGUCCUGUCCACCACGGCCCCUGUCUUCAGUAGCAGCACGCCCGGCUCCAGACCCCCGGCGCCAGGAGCCCCCAGCACCCAGGCAAUGCCCUCCUGGCCCACUGCGGCAUUCGCUACCUCCUCCUACCUUCACGAUUCCACUCCCUCCUGGACCCUGUCUCCCUUUCAGGAUGCUGUCGCCGCCUCCUCCUCCCCCACCACCACCACCUCGUCUUCCUCCUCUACCACCACCGCCACGCCAGAGACCAGCACCAGCCCCAAAUUUCACACCACCACGUAUGCCACCGAGCGGUCCGAGCACUUCAAGCCCUGCCGAGACAAGGACCUGGCCUACUGUCUCAACGACGGCGAGUGCUUCGUGAUCGAAACCCUGACCGGAUCCCACAAACACUGUCGGUGCAAAGAAGGCUAUCAAGGAGUCCGUUGUGAUCAAUUUCUGCCGAAAACUGACUCCAUCUUAUCGGAUCCAACAGACCACUUGGGGAUUGAAUUCAUGGAGAGUGAAGACGUUUAUCAAAGGCAGGUGCUGUCAAUUUCAUGCAUCAUCUUUGGAAUUGUCAUCGUGGGCAUGUUCUGUGCAGCAUUCUACUUCAAAAGCAAAAAACAAGCUAAACAACUUCAAGAGCAGCUGAAAGAGCCGCAGAGUGGUAAAAACUACAGUCUCAAAGCAUCCAGCACAAUGGCAAAGUCAGAGCACCUGGUGAAGAAUCAUGUGCAGCUGCAGAAUUACUCAAAGGCGGAGAGGCGUCCUGUGACGGCACUGGAGAAAAUGAUGGAGUCAAGCUUUGCUGGCCCUCAGUCAUUUCCAGAGGUCCCUUCUGACAGAGGAAGCCAAUCUGUCAAACACCACAGCCGGAGUCUCUCCUCCUGCUGCAGUCCAGGACAGAGGAGUGGUGUGCUCCACCGGAACGCCUUCAGGAGGACACCCCCCUCACCCCGAAGUAGGCUGGGCGGGAUUGUGGGGCCAGCGUAUCAGCAACUUGAGGAAUCAAGGAUCCCCGACCAGGAUACAAUACCUUGCCAAGGGAUAGAGGUCAGGAAGACUAUAUCCCACCUGCCUAUACAGCUGUGGUGUGUUGAAAGAUCCCUGGACUUAAAGUAUUCAUCCGCCGGUUUAAAAACCCAACAGGAUGCAUCAGUCCAUAUGCAACUGCCUUCGAGAGAGACAAACUCUUAUUUUAAUAGCUUGGAUCAAAAGGACCUGAUGGGAUAUUCAUCCCCAAGGGCCAGUUCGGUGCCCAUCAUCCCUUCAGUGGGGCUAGAGGAAACCUGCAUGCAAAUGCCAGGGAUUUCUGACGUCAAAAGCAUCAAAUGGUGCAAAAACUCCUACUCUGCUGAUAUUGUCAAUGUGAGUAUUCCAGUCAGCGAUUGUCUUUUAGCAGAACAACAAGAAGUGAAAAUACUGCUAGAAACUGUCCAGGAGCAGAUCCGAAUUCUGACUGAUGCCAGGAGGUCAGAAGACUACGAACUAGCCAGUGUAGAAGCCGAGGACAGUGCGAGUGAAAACACCGCCUUUCUCCCCCUGAGUCCCAUGGCCAAAUCGGAACGAGAGGCACAAUUUAUCUUAAGAAAUGAAAUACAAAGAGACUCUGCGUUGACCAAGUGACUUGAGACGUAGGAAUCUGUGCAUUCUAUGCUUUGCUCAACAGGAAAGAGAGGAAAUUAAAUACAAAUUAUUUAUAUGCAUUAAUUUAAGAGCAUCUACUUAGAAGAAACCAAAUAGUCUAUCGCCCUCAUAUCAUAGUGUUUUUUAACAAAAUAUUUUUUUAAAGGGAAAGUAACGUUUCAGGAGGGAUAAAGCUUACAACUAAAGCUUUUGGGUGGAAAUCUGAAUACAAUUUCAGUUAGUCCCAACAUUGUCCUCUUUGGCUCUUGGUAGAUGUGGGCGAUUCAGACCCUCAGCCCCACAGCACAGUGUCCUCGUCCAAAAGCACUGGCAGGUACCUGGUUUCAGAGACAAGCUGCACCCGAGGGCGGAUGUGCCAGUGCGCAGACAGCCCUUGCCAUUUGGCUUGGCAGCCCCAACCCCCAAAUUUCUCUUCACUCGACAGCCUCAUCACAGGUUAUGUCAUGUCAACCAAUGUAGUGUUUUCUAUUUCAUUUUGAGAAUGGCACAGGCCUGGGAAGGAGAAGGAGGACAGAGAUAGAGGGAGCCAUCGGGGCAAACUCAGCUGCUCUUUUGUGCCAUCUUCCUCUGAAUUUUGAAGGUGCAGAAUCUCAGAGCAAGAUAUGAAAUCAAUAUAUAAAAAAGGACAAAAAAAUCAGUGUCAUGUCACUAAAGUCAUGCUGAUAGAAAUGUUUUUCUUUGAGAUCGUUUAGGACGCCAAAGGAGCAUUUCUCAGUGUGUGUGUGUGCCUGUGUGUGUGUGUUUGUGAGAGAGAGAGGAGAGAAAGUGUGUGUGUGUGUGUGUGUGUGUGUUUGCUCCCUCGAGCACUGGUAUGCUGUAUGCACAUGUGUUCAUUGUGAGUAUGUGUGUGCAUGUGUGUGUGUGUAUUAAGCUUGCUAAAAUUUGUUCUGAAACAUCAGGGAAUCUAAUAUUUAAAAAAAUUUCCCUCUUAGAUCUGUUCACUUUAAAUUUUUCCAUUAAGUAUAAAGUUCAGUUAGUAAGUUCUUACAUCAAAGUCACUUGCAUGGUGGGGUCCUAUAAAACUGUUGACAAUGUCUAGACCAUUUUCUGAUGUGAAUACUUCUGAGAGGAACAACUGUAGGUUCAUUGAUGAUAUCUGUAUCAUAGGAGAGUUGAAUGUGUGUGUUUAUUUUGAAUCAUGCGUACUUAAAUUAUUCACACAAGCCGAUGACCAAAUUGACAGUUAUCCUUUGCUUUUUCAUGAGCCUCAUUAGUAUUUAUUUUGUAGUUAGUCUACAACUUGUGGACCAAGAUAUUGGCUUCUGUGGUUAAUAUGGAAAGAAUAAAUUGUUGAAAUCACAAAGGCAAGUAUUCAGUUCACAGGAAGCCCUCAAAAGAACAGUAAAUUGUAUUGUAUGUUCCUUUGGAAUAAAGCAAUAUUUUUACCACUGCUGAGGUGAGCGGGGACUC